AUGCAGACUAAGUACAUUGUGGAACACCUGGACGAGUUGGAGGAAUGGUGCGCGCUUGAGUACAUACAUAUAUGUGAAAUAAUUAAGGAUGAAAAUGCAAUAUUUACAAAAUUCGACAAACAGUUUAGUGAUAUAUCAAGCGUACACAAACCGACGUGUUAUGAAAAGCCUAUACGUGAGUUAAGGCAUCUAUUUGAUUGGAAUAAAGUGUGUUUACUCGAUAUGAAAGCAAAAGAUAUAUUAAAAUGUGAAGAUAAAGAUAAAAUAAACUUUUUAUUAUUUGGAGGUAUUCUAGGAAAUGUUCCAUCAGAUGAUAGAACAUCCGAAUUAAGGAAAUUAAAUUUCCCUUUAUCGAGAAACUUAGGUAAUAUGCAGAUGACUACAAAUACAGCGGUACUUGUGUGUUAUAUUAUUUUAAAUGAUAAAGUCGAGUUAGAAGAUAUCCCAUUUGUUGAUAAUCCAGAAGUUGUUCUACGGAAUAAUAAAGAGUCAAUAAUGCUUCCUUUUCGUUUUGUUUCGAUGUAUUACUACACAAAAUGUGAAAGCGAUAAGACUGUUCCUGUGCUACCAAGAAAUUUUAAAGACUAUUUAAUAAGGUUAGGUGAUCAACAAUACGAUGAUGUAGAUAUGUCUGUUUUUUGA